AUGGACAUUUGGCCCGCAGUGGCCAUCCUGUCGUCCAUGACUCUCGGCGCCACGAACGCCAGCCUCAAGGAGAGGAAAAAAGUUGUUUCUUCUCACGAUGCUACCAUUCUUCGCAAAUUGAACAUCCAGUUGUCUUCUGAUUCCUUCGUUGCCGCACAAGCCUUGGAAGGUGUAAUGGCUAUCCUGUUGCAAAUAUUGACUUUUAUCUUGGUUUAUUAUCUGACCCACGGUUUUCGACGUCAUGUCAGGAUGCGUACUUCAGUGCUAGGGACCGGUUCGGCGAGUGGACGGAUUUUAAUGGCUAGUAGUGCAACAAAGGACCUUUUUCAAUUGAGACAGCGUAAUGCAAAAAUAGCCGAAUGCGUGCUCAAGAAAAUUAGGCAGGUUUCUCUGUGCUCUUCAGAGAACGCUAUGCCACAAUUUCGCAUCUGCAGGCAACUUUCGCGAGGUCAAUUCUCGGGAAACAACUACAAAGCGCUACAUGGACCGUCUCACGGAAUCCCUAUUUAUCAAGCCGAGGUUCUAAGCAAUCUCAGAUUAGUCUAUCAAAUUGACUGCGCGCUCAACGAUGACGGUCAGGAGGAACGCCAGGUCGUCAAAAUAUAUGGAAUCUAUUCACACAAACAGCUGGACCACAUUUGGCCAUGGCUCAGCAAGCUCCUAAACGGUCGCGGUAAAGAGUAUCGGCAAAGGUGUACCCUCAGGGAACCUGCUGAACCAGGCAGCGGGGUUUAUCGCCCCGCCACUUUUCUUCCAAGAAUCGAGGACUUUGCUACGGAACAAUCUCCCAUUUUUGUUAAUGAAAAUGGAUCAAAUGAGGAUCUUAGUUGGCUUGUGUCGAGCAAAUAUGUCAAACUAGUCAAAGGUGCUUUUCUCAAUGGAUUAAGGGCGGGACGGGAAGUUGAAUUACCAUUCCAACUAACGUUUGUUAUAAUUUCUUCUCCUUCUUCCUUACUGAAUGCUAGUAAAGGGCGAAAGAAUGGCAAAUUGUACAAUGCCCGACAUCCUGUUAUGUCAUUGGAAGGAGCGGAACGGGAAAAACAACCGCCAUGGUCUUUAAAAUGCUGGGUAUCCAGCGUGCUUGGGAGCAAGUUCCUGGGCACCAAAAAACCCCGCCAACUUUUCGUUACCAGAUUCCCGGUGCUUGCCGCCAAGGUCGAAGACUUUUUCACAAGUUUGGUGGAAUCUUUGGCAUUGGCGGGAUCUACCGAGGAUGAACUGAGGAAUCUGAGAUCUCAAAUUCGAAGUGCUGAGCGGGAACGGCCGCGAAUGAUCAACCCCCUAAAUGCUCUCAAUUAUCGCCCCGGAACGCCGCAAAAAUAUAGUGAACUAAGUGACCAUGAUUUCCCAUUGUUUAUCACAUUCGAUCAGGCAGGUCUGGCACGGAUGAUUGCUGCGGAUAUCCACGUCGAUGACCCAACCACCUACGACCGUAGCGAUUCCAUACUUGCAAAAGUGUUAAACGAUGAAAGCUCCUUCAUAACGUAUGAAGUUUUCAAGACAAAGUAUUGGCCCCGGUUAAGUGGCGCAUGCCGGGGUCCAUUCGCACGGAAUUUCGGCGCAUGGCUUGUCUUCAGCGAAUUCAUGGGUGUAAUAAAAGGAUCCGAGAAAGCGUUCCAUAGCCCCAAUGGAAUCUUAGAUCGGCAAACAUAUGUGGAACUCUCCGAUCGCAAUUACCCCGUGUUCGCAGAAGACAGGCAUUCACUUUACAGCGCUUUUGAAUCAUAUUCCAAAAUGAAGCGUGAACAAUACGGUUAUGAUAUGGCAGACAGGACCUACGCGAUUUUGAAAGUGCUCUUACGCGAUUCUUUGAAAGGACAGCCCGUAGACUAUUUGUACAUCGAUGAAGUGCAAGAUAACCUGAUUAUCGACACACUCUUGUUGAGAAUCCUCUGCAAAAAUGCAGAUGGAUUGUUCUGGGCUGGUGAUACAGCUCAGACCAUAUCGGCUGGGUCUAGUUUUCGAUUCGCCGACCUAAAAGCAUUUAUUCAUCGUACUGAGGCAGCGGAAAGUAUUGCAAUUCAAAAGUCCUGUGCAAAACCUGAAGUAUUCCAGCUUGCCAUCAACUAUCGCUCGCAUAACGGAAUCGUCAAUUGUGCGCAGUUAGUCGUGAAACUCAUUACUACCUUCUGGCCAAACUCGAUCGAUACCCUGCAACCCGAACGUGCCAUGCUCGGUGGCCCCAAACCCAUCUUUUUCGUGGGAUGGCAAGAUGAAACCUUUCCAUAUGAACCAUUCUUCUCUGGCCUUGGGGGAAAUCGAGAGCUCGGUGCAGAACAAUGUUGGCAUCUUUUUAUGAAACUGUCUGCUCUCAUGCUGAACUCAGACACCCUAGGCAUCCUCGUAAGAGAUAACGCAGUACGGGAGACAAUCAGAAAGCGAUUUGGGGAUGUAGCCGUGAUCCUGACCUUGCAAGAAAGCAAGGGGCUGGAAUUUGACGAUGUGUUCUUGUACAACUUCUUUGAGGACUCUUCUGCCACCUAUUCCCAAUGGCGUGUUGUCUUGAGGAUGUGCAGUGACCAAGAAACCACUUGGUCACGCGAUAUGAGUGGGAUUCCACACUCCGUGCUAUGCACAGAGUUGAAAAAUCUCUACGUGGGUAUCACGCGAGCCCGCAAGAAACUAUACCUCUUGGACUAUUCCCGAAAUAGUGAACCAUUGAGGGAACUUUGGUCAGAGAAGGGUCUCAUUGACGUCGCACCGCCAGGCACCGACAUAUGCCAUUAUGCAGAGAAGUCAACUCCCGAACAGUGGGCUGCGUCUGGCUAUAAGCUAUUUAAUGCUGCACAAUUCCAAGAAGCUGUUCGCUGCUUUGAACGCGCCAACCUACCGAGACAACUACAGGUAGCGCGCGCGUACGGACUAUACGAGGUUGCGAUGUCGACCGUUGAGGCCGGCAAACGCCAGAGAGCGCUCAUUGAUGCAGCGGAGGCAUUGGUUCAGUGUGCGGAUGAGGCCCCUGGCACUGAAAAGACCGACUUCUAUGGGGAUGCAGCGAGGUGCUAUGCACUGGCCGACAACACCAACGAUGCUGCGAGAUUUUACAUCGAAGCUGAUGAUUUCACCGGAGCCGCCGAGCAGUAUCGCAAAGCUGAUCGCUUCGACGAUAUAGUGGACAUUCUGGAUCGCCACCCCGAGAAAAUCACUACAACCUGCAGGAACAAAUUGCGCUAUGUAUGCGUCGUACACUAUUAUCGCAUUCGUUCGAGGCCUCCCGUUCCGUUGUUUUCUUCAACAGAGAAUGAACUGAGGUAUCUGGAAGGCCAAGAACUACACUGGGCCCGCAUUUAUCUCUUGGAACUCCACCGGAGAUUUCUCGAAGCAGCCGAAGUUCAUCUUAGCCUUGGGCAGCUGUGUGGCGCUAUCGAGUCCUUAUUCAAAGAUAAACAAAACCCCGCUGCAUUGCAGCGGGCUGUUGACCUUGCUUUGGAUAGCCUAUGGCAGCAGUGUUCCUUCGAUAAACCUGUCCCGGCCAUCCUGCAAAAGAAGGGAUCCGAUGCUUGGAACGUAUUGAAUUGCAUGCGAAGUAUCUCCCUUGAACGCUUGAACGCGUCAGAUCGCACACAAAUGCGCCUUUUCCUCACUGUGCAGGAAUCUCCCUUCUCUGAGGAGGUUUAUCAACUAGGAUCGGAAUUCUCAGAUCGAGGCGAGGAAGCCUUGGCACUCAUGGCAUUCAACGUCCUCUCCUCACAGCUGCCCACCCUACGCUCCGUACGCGCUUCGGAGUUUGAUACUUUCCUAAGACAUUUCGAAAGAUAUGUCCGUCUUUUGGUUUCUGUCGUGUCUGAUGAGAUAACUUUCCGGGCUACCGACCCUCAAGUGAAGAAGGUCUUCGGCAUUGUCCCAUUGCCCAACUAUCAGUAUUCUGUCACGCCAGGGACAUUCCUACACAGGGGGUCCAAGGAAAAUCGAUAUCUGUCUGUGGAUAUUAAGGACCUACUGAAAGCCCAGUUACACGCACACCUACGGAAAAAAGUCCUCGAGGUAAAUGAAGCAUCCUGCAUCUCUCAGGCAUUUUCUACCCAGUGCCCAUACUCUAUCUUGCAUGGCGGUCAUUGUCACAGCAGGCACUGUAAUCAACAACACGAACGGAGGACUUCAUUAGAUGUGACAUCGUACAACAUGAAGGUCAAUGUACAUCUACAGCAGAUACGCAUUUUAGACUUGGCGUUUUCUGCUGUGGGAACGCAUGCAGACCGACGCACAAGCAUGUUAAGCGGAUUGCGCCGCUUGUAUGCAGUGAUAUACCGCCCCAUUUACAUCGAAGGUUCCGUCGCAAAUCUUGACUGGAACUCCCUCCGUAACGCUGCGGGAUGCAUCAGUGUUGUCAGGAAAUGGAUUCAAAAGGCAAUCGAAUACCUGGAACCUACUGAUCAACUAAUGGGUCGUACCGACUACUUGAUGAGCAUCAUCCGCAUCACCUGUCUUCAUAAAGCGCUUGGUGGAGAGCUUCCGUUUCAGUCAUACGUCUCACGUGAACGCUGUCGCGUGUCCUAUGGUGAACAGGUCUUAACGGGGGAUGAUAAUGUUUCAGCAGAUGUGGUUGCAUCGCUUACCGAAUUAGAUUCAGCCCGUGGAGUCCGGGCUCUUCGCUUCCUGCUGGAAAAUGGCGUUCGUAUGGAUCUUUCGGUGAUACGCAAUUUUGCAGAGGAAAUCUGCGGCACGUUCGUCUCAUCCCUGAAUCCCUCCGGAGAUCCUUCCCCACUCCAUGGCCUCCUGAUUCCGCGGAGAUGGAUAAUGAACGCGAACGAGUCCGACGUUUCCAGAGACAUAAUUCAGCGUUUCUUAUUCUGUGUUGGGCUCCUAAUGAAAAUCCUCCGUUCUGGAAAGGCUCAUCUUAAAUUUGACUUGCCCCAAAAUAAAGAGUCAUUCGUGGACGCUGCCCUAGCUCAAAUGUGUCGCAUGCUCUGCAUUCUGGGGUACAACGUGCGCGACCUAGGACUUAGCAAGAUGAUUGCGGAUAUUCUAUUGUUACCACCGCUGGAAGUGAGCAAUGCGCGUAAUCCAUCGCCGCAGAUCCUGGGACAGCUCGCCCGUCAGCGCCAGGAAUACCUGGAGACAAUCCUAGCGUUAGACAAGGGCUUUGCCAUCAAAGAUUUGGUACAGCUGGUACACGAUGAUCGACGUCACUACACCCGUCCACUUUCCUGGUACAUCCCGCGAAUCGUUUUUGAGACUGACGCCGAUAUUACUCGUCGAUCUAAACGGGCUAUGGCGUUUUGAUUGGCUGUCGGCAUGUGUCCGCGUGUCGUACUUGGAGGGGGUGCCUUUACCGUCGUCCCGCGAAACGAUUGCUGUCAAUGUUGUUUCCGAGCACAACUCGCAACUUGUUCUGGAGACUGCCACCGAUAUCACUGACUCAAUCGAACUGGGCUCCAGUAACCUGUUAUCGGCAAGUUGACAGGUAGCCAAACCCUGAGGGAGAGGGGCUUAUUGUAUUUGGUAGAGGUAGUUUGGUAGAGGUAGUUUUACAACCGUCCUGCGAAGCGGAUUGUUUUUUGUAGAAUGUGAGGUCUCGCUACCGAGUAGGGAUACUUCGCUACUGUCGAGACUGAGGGAGAAAUUCAAAUAUUAAUGAUGGCAUGUCUUCGAUUCAUCAAUCGCCCUGUAGCAAGUGCCGCC